AUGACGGAUCAGUCCACGAAGAGACGCGCAGCGGUUAGUGGUCCCGCAGGAUCAGACAGGAAGAGACCCCGGCGCACAAAGCCCGAAAACAGCGACUCGGAUGAGCCCAUUGUGCUCAGCCAGAUCCCCAGUCACCCACCAUCUCCAGCUCUUCCGAGAUCCACCCGUUCGGCCGCUCCCGCCCCGGUCCCAGCCCCAGCUGCUCACCGCGCCGCUCCUACAGUUCCUCCACUGAUCUCCACCGGAUCCGUGAUCGCAACCUACUCGCCCUGUCUCCGGUGCGUCAAGAAAUGGACCGAGGACGACUGGGCCAUCUGCCACCGCGACACUGCCCUCGGGAAGUGUCGUUCCUGCAGCCGAGCCGGUGCGGAAUGCAGUGCGCUUCCGAAUCACUUUUACGGUCCGCUCUCCGCGGCGCAGAAACUCACUGGUGGUGCGCGACGGAGGGCAUGUGCUGGGAUUAAGAAUGCUCUGGAGGCGUAUGAGUGCAAGGAUGAAGAGGAAACACCUACCAAGGAAAAUGCUGGAUCUGGAUCGUCGGGACAAGAGAGGGGCGAGCUGCUAAAGGCGAUCCGGUCGUUGAAUAAGAAUGUGUUUCGGCUGAUGAAUACUAUUCGAGAAGUUCGUGGGAUGGAGCUCAUCUGUGACGAAGAGAUUUGA